AUGGGACUUCCGCACGAGGGUCAGGUUCGGCUCUACCCUUGCCGAAAAUUGGUGUUCUUCAAUCGCCAAAGCUCGUCGGGGUUUGUCGGGGGUCGCGAAGGUCGUUUCAGCCAUUGUCGGAGGACGGGGCUAAACAAACCUCGAUCGUCGAGAGCUCGAAAUUGCUGGACGAUAGUCGGGGCUCGCAAACCAUCGCGGCCCGAUAGGAAUCGAGGCCGGAAGUUGCCGGAGACCUGGCCUCGUCGGACGUUGGUCCCGUCGCUUGCGGUGGUUGCAGGCCUAUGGCGGAGCGGACUUCUGCGAACAGGACGAACCGGCGGGUUGCUGCUUGAAAUCGCCGACGGUCGGCUUUCUUUGGUGAUGACGAAGGACGGACCACCGCUCUUGGUGCGCUGCCAUGGUGAAUUGCCGGUGAAAGCGGCGACAGGAGGAUUGCGAGGGUCAAAGGACUCGCCAGCGGCCUGCUACAGAAGGGAGUUUCCCGAGGAGAUAACGGGAUCGAGGCUCGACGUCGGAGGUUGA